UAUAUAUAUAUGAAUAACAAGAUGGAUUUAGAUGCUCCAAGAGCUGCUUGGUUAUUCAAAAUGUCACAAACUAGUUUUGGCAGGUUAAAAUGGGCACCUAGAUAUUUUAUAUUAUUAGAUACAGAACUACGUUAUUAUCGUGAUGAGCAUACUGAAACACCCUCUCAAGUAUUACAUCUAUCGGACGUAGGACAAAUCAUACCCUUAAUGGAUCGACCCAACACGUUUCGUUUGGAACCAUCUUUACGCCAAUCUACCGGAACAAUUAAACCAUGGACAAUAGAAUGUUCAUCACAUCAUGAAAUGGAACUUUGGUAUAAAAGUAUUCAACAUCGUCUUUCCUUGGCCCCUGUCUUUAGUCCACCUUCUUUUUUACCUAACAAAAGAUUAUCUCAUUCUCAUCAUUUCUUUAAAAAAGCAUUGAAACCAUCAUCAUCCACUCCCAUUAUGCCUUCUCAUAUUUCUUAUAUUCCUGUACCUUCUCUCUCACAGCAACGUCGUGGUGUGAUUAUUCCUUAUUCAUCAUCAUCACCUGAACCUGAACCUUCUACUUCUUUACAUCCAUUAGAUUUACCUAGUUCUUCUAAGACAUCUACCCCUUAUUUUUCUUUUUCCUAAAAUAAAAUAAACUCC